CAAAAUAGACGGGACCCCACCGCGCCCCCUCUCCCUUUUCCCUGCCGAGAAGCGUCACGCAGUUUUCCAGAGUCCGCUCCGACUCCAGGACACCGGAUCGCAGGGAAUAUAAUUCACCAGUAAAAAACAUCAAGAAAGGGAGGAGGCCACACCUAAGCAAGCAGCUGUUAAAGAAAGAGGGGUCUCCCCAAAAACCUGAGAAUCUUCUGGUGAUGAGCCGUAACUGGCACAGCCAUCAAACCCAAAGACCAUAACCAUGAGUCGCAGCAUUGUGCGGCAGAGUAAGUUUCGACACGUCUUUGGCCAAGCGGUCAAGGCAGAUCAGUGUUACGACGACAUCCGGGUCUCCAAGGUGACGUGGGACAGCUCCUUCUGCGCCGUCAAUCCAAAGUUCUUGGCAGUCAUCGUUGAAUCCAGCGGAGGAGGAGCCUUUCUGGUCCUGCCUGUCCACAAGACGGGUCGCGUGGAUAAGAACUACCCGCUGGUUGUUGGCCACUCUGGACCAGUUCUUGAUAUCGACUGGUGUCCUCAUGAUGACAACAUCCUGGCCAGCUGCUCAGAAGACUGCACGGCGAUGGUGUGGCAGAUCCCAGAUCACACACUGACCCGUCCCCUGUCCGACCCCGUUGUCGUUCUGGAAGGACACUCCAAAAGAGUGGGCAUCGUCAGCUGGCACCCUACCGCACGGAACAUCCUGCUCACUGCCGGCAGUGAUAACCUGAUUAUCAUCUGGAACGUGGGGACAGGAGAACCUCUCCUCUCCAUGGACGACCAUCCAGACCUCAUCUACAGCAUCAGCUGGAACCGAAACGGCAGCUUGUUCUGCACCACCUGUAAGGAUCGACGGCUGCGUGUGUGUGACCCCCGCAAGAGGGAAGUUGUGGCGGAACGUCUGGCUCCACAUGAGGGCAUCCGGCCGAUGAGGGCCAUUUUCACCAGAGACGGAAACAUCUUCACCACAGGAUUCACCAGGAUGAGCCAGAGAGAGCUCGGUCUCUGGGACCCGACAAACUUUGAGGAGCCAAUAGCACUUUUGGAGUUGGACACAAGUAACGGAGUGUUGUUACCAUAUUAUGAUGCAGAUGCAAACAUGGUCUACUUGUGUGGAAAGGGGGACAGUAGCAUCCGUUACUUUGAGGUGACGGACGAGCCGCCGUACGUUCACUACCUCAGCACCUUCAGCAGUAAGGAGCCCCAGAGAGGGAUGGGCUUCAUGCCCAAGAGAGGAGUAGACGUCACCAAAUGUGAGAUCGCUCGGUUAUUCAAGCUCCAUGAUAAGAAGUGUGAACCCAUCACAAUGACAGUGCCCAGAAAAUCGGACCUCUUCCAGGACGAUCUGUAUCCAGACACAGCAGGACCCGAGCCUGCCAUGGAGCCUGAGGAAUGGCUGGAUGGUCGGGAUGAAGACCCCAUCCUGGUGUCCAUGAGGGAGGGCUACAUACCACCUAAGAGUCGAGAGCUCAAAGUGGUAAAAAAGAACGUUCUGGACUCCAGACCCACCACCCGACGCAGCAUGUCCGCUCUGGAUACUAACAGCUUGCCACUUCCAUCUUUGUUUUGGUUAAUUUUCUCUAGUUGCUCACCACCCUUGACCUUUUUGUCCUUCCUCUCCUCACCCUCUUCCUAUCACUGUCCGUUUUUCCUUUCUUCCUUUCCUCUUUUCCUUCUCUUUGCUUUUCUUUCUUCGCAGCCUCAGCUGCUUGAGAGGUUAUUGGAGGAGAUUCAGAAUCUGAAGGCAACAGUUUUGUCUCAGGAGAAGAGGAUCUGUGACUUGGAGAAUAAGCUUUCCCAGUACACCAAUGGCACUGACUGAUGUGCAAAUGAACACGCCUGGAAAAGAACUGGUCCAGAUUUUAAAAUCACCAAUUUUUCCUGUACUCACAAAAAAAAAAAACACCUAUAAAAAUACUUUUAACAAUCUUCAAGGUACUGCUGUUUUGGAGCAGGAAUGCUGACGACAUUUUGUCCAAAAUUAUCCUAAAAUCAGAUUUCAGUGUAGAGGAAUUGUUCAGAUAUUUUGAAGUAGAACUCCAUGGAAAAGUUAUAAACAUCUAACGUCUUGUUGUAGAUAAAUCCUGGCUUCUUGUUCUGUUUUAACCAGACUGACGAGCUAACAGCUAGUCUGAGAAUGGCUGAGACAUGCACAAGGGGAUGCUGUUGUCAAAAACUCAACUGUUUCAAAAAGAUGUCAUUGAUGCAAACCUCAGCAGCUUUUUAAUUUGCGUUGUAAAGUGCAAAGAAGCCUUUAGGGUUAAGAUGGCGACACUUUCAGAAUACAAAAAAACAAACAAAAAAAGCAAUACAAGUAAAGUUUUUAAAUAACACAAAAAAUAUGAUGCACUUUAUUGCGAAAAAUAUCUCAGUGUAGUGGUUUGCAUAAACUUUUAUUCAGUUUUUGAGAAUAAAGUUGUUUUCAGAUGGUGGAAAUCUACUUUUUAAAGCUGUUAUAGCAAAUUUGGAAAACAAAUUAGCUUAAAACAUUUUUUUAUGCCUCUUAUUACACAGUAUAGCUAUAAAUAUAUUGUGGAGAUUAAAAAAUACAUUUAAAAAUGACUAAAAUGGUUCUCUCGCAUUUGUCUAAAAACCUCGACCAGUAAAACGUUUCGGACGAAAAGCAACUGUUUGACCAUCUGGUUGUCGGUCUCGCCAAACCGCCUCACUUCCCUGGGUUUUCCAUUCAUUACACACUCAUGCAUUUAGCAACAGAACACCACUGGUGAGAGAGGUUCUCCGCUCAAUAAUAUCAGAGAAGGAGGAACAGCCGGCUGCUACCACUUCAACUUUAGAACAAACUACCAGAGUCCCAAAAAGAUGUUCUAGAUCUAGAAAAUUGCGAUUGACAUUUAGCGCCAUCCCAUUUCCUCUGGCAUCGUGGGUUUCCGGUACCGGUUCGCGAGUAUCCAUGAAAUAUACCUAACGGGAGGGGUGAGUGUCCCGUGACCAUAUUUGCAUUUAAAAACCUGCUUGUUUGCAGAUUUUCCAUAACAGCUUUAACUGUUGAGAUUGACUUUUUUGAGAGAGACGAUCUAGGACUUAAACAAUGACAGCUCCCUAAACACGUAGAACUUCAGAUAGUCCUGACAGGUCACAAAAACAAUGAAACUUUUCUAGUGGGUAAAUAUCUGGCCUGUAAUACACACAUUUGAUUUCUGGAAAGUGAAAAUGCUAUUUAAUUUACAGAAACUUGAUCGAUUGUUACAAAAUAUUACAGAUUUACAGGUUAUACUUCCUGUUUGAUCUGAAAAAAAUCACUCAAGUGACCAGCCGUUUCUGCAACUAGCUGUUAGCUCGUCAAUCCUGUCAGAGUGAAUAUGGUUUAAUCUACACCUUGAAAGAUCUAAAUUAUCCUUCUGCAAUAAAAUGUACCUUUAGGCCUAUGUCAAUAUGUUUUAGUGAGGUCACGUCUCCAUGGUGAUUUAGAAGGAGUGAAACAAGAGCUGUGGAACGUGUGAUGGAAGGUUUGACGGCUGUGUAAGGUUGUGUAAGACGUCUGAAGAAACGGACGUUUUCAACAGAAAAAGAAGGAAAAAUAAUAAAAGUAGGUAAAAGGGCCAGAACUAGACUAAAAAAAUCACUAAAAUGAAUAAGAAAAAAAAUGCACAUAUUUGAACACUUGUUGAUGCCUCAACUUUUGUAUUGGAUGAAAUAUGACUCUGUGAAAACAUUACAAAAUGUAAAUAGUGGUUUUAAUCAAAAAAAGCAGGUGAAAGACUGUUUUUGUCCUGUAAGAGUUAAAAUACACACAUGACAACAAUAAAUUUUUUAAGUGUCUGA